CCCCCGAUUGAUCAAAUCAUUCAUUGGCACAGCUCGCCAGCUCCAUGUGGAAGCAGUACCAGCAGUUGCACAUGCUGCUAGAUCAAGGUAACCGAAACAGGAAUUAACUAGUAGGACUGCUACUUCUGACCGAAUGGAAUAAGCGCAAACCAGUUUCUAAAGACGCGAGAUGCCAAAAGCUUUCUGAAGUCUUCCAUCAAAAAAAUCAAAGCUUGAACGUGGAGGGAAUACGUGUUCUCGUGGAAAGGUUCUUUACAGGGAUAUAAAGAAACCAGCUGUGGACGACUUGGAUGACUUAGGCAGAAUCGCGGAAAACUUUCUAUAAUCUUUAGGUUUCCUUCUUCCUCCACAUGGAGUGAUUCGCGUCUCCUCGGCGCGUUGGUUUGGAAAACAAGCAGGAAGUAAGCUCAACUAGAGUAGGGUGGACGGGGGUCCUUGACAGAAUGGCACACAGGGCUGCAAAGUAUCAUUCCCCCUCCUGAUGGUGGCAUCAGCCGUUGGGUAAAGGAGGAUAAGCUAGGAGGACACCGCUCAGUCUUUGUUGGAGAACCUUUGGUUUGAAGGUCUGAACGGAUUCUAUCGGGGAGCCUUUGGGAAAAGACUUCGGAACAGUUUGGAAUACAAGUCCAACUCUAGAAUACCAGGUCGUCUUGGGAAGGAGUUGUUAGUUUCUUCAGCGUCUCUUGUUGUUUUUAUUCCUGUGCCUGCUGGGCUGCUGGAGGAGACAUGACCCCAUAACACAGCGUUGGAAACAAAUGCUCUGUGGGGAUGGUGCAGCGCACCGCGGGGGCCCUAGGCCCGCUCUCAGUGCUGCUGCUGGCCGCCAUGGUGGCCUCCGCCCUCACCCCGCCCCCCUACCCCUCCUUCAGCCGCAACGACACGCUCUUUGAGCACCUGGCGCUGCACCCGGACCCCUCCGUGGGCCGGGUGUACGUCGGGGGGCGGGACCGCCUCUACCAGCUGGACCGCGCCCUGGCGCUGGAGCUGCAGGACGACACGGGGCCCGUGACGGACAGCCGCGAGUGCCUGCCCCCCGUCACCCAGGGCAACUGCCCCCAGGCGCGGCUCACCCCCAACCACAACAAGCUGCUGCUGGUGGACCCCUACUCCAUGGAGCUGAUCGCCUGCGGCAGCGUCAACCAGGGCAUCUGCCAGAAGCGCAGCCUGGUCAACGUCUCCGCAGUGCUGUUCUCGGCCCAGCGGCCCGUGGACACGCAGUACGUGGCGGCCAACGACCCCGAGGUCAGCACGGUGGGGCUGGUGGUGCGCUCCCGGCCCGAGCGCCAGCCCGUGCUGUACGUGGGGCGCGGCUACACCAGCAGCCACCCGCCCAUCUCCACGCGCAACCUGCAGCAGGAGCCCGUCUUCUCCUACGAGGAGACGGCCAAGCUGGCGGUGGCGGGCCGCCUCUCGGAGUACGACCACCACUUCGUGGCGUCCUUCGCCCGCCGCCGCCACGUCUACUUCCUGUUCUACCGGCGGGACCUCAAGUCGCUGUCGCGCGAGUACCGCAGCUACGUGUCCCGCGUGUGCCUGGACGACCAGGCCUACUACUCCUACGUGGAGGUGCCCCUGACCUGCCGCUCCGGCGCGGGGAAGGUGUACAACCUGCUGCAGGCGGUGCGGCUGGGGGGGGCGGAGCGAGGCUCGGAGGUGCUGCUGGGCGUGUUCUCCACGCGGCUGGCCUCGUCGGCGCAGCCCAGCGACGACUCGGCGCUCUGCACCUUCCGGCUGGACGAGCUGGAGCGCCGGAUCAACGCCACGCGGGACCUGUGCUACACACAGUCGGGCCGGGAGGCCGGGGGCGACGCCGACGCCGCCUACAUCGAGUACGACGUCAAGUCCAACUGCGCCAACCUGCCCGAGAACACGCUGGAGGCCUACCCCUGCGGCUCGGACCACACCCCGAGCCCCAUGGCCAGCCGCACGCCCGUGGUGGCGGAGACCAUCCUGCACAGCCCGUCGGCGAGGCUCACCGCCGUGGCCGUCAGCGUCAGGGACGACCACACCAUCGCCUUCCUCGGGGACUCCAAGGGCAACCUGCACAAGGUGUACCUGGGACCCAACGGCGAGGUGGAGGAGUACGCUGUGGUCCCCGUUCAGCCCAACACCCCCAUCAGCUCAGACCUCAUUCUGGACCAGAAGGAGGAGCACCUCUUCAUUAUGACCUCCACCAUGCUCCAGAAGAGGCCUGUAGCUGAGUGCCACAAACACACAGACUGUGAUUCCUGCCUGCAGGGCCAUGACCCGUACUGUGGCUGGUGUGUUCUGGAGGGCAGCUGUGCGCUGCAGUCUCAGUGUAAACGCAGCAACAAGACGGGCCAGUGGCUGUGGAGCUUCGACAUGGAGCAGCAGUGUCUGUCCGUGCAGGACCUGCACCCCUCCAACGUCAGCCGGGACCAGAGUCGCAUGAUCGCCCUGUCGGUCCCGGGCCUCCCCGGCCUGGGGGAGGGCGAGGGCUACUCCUGCCUGUUCCAAGACGGGUCCAGCACUGCCGCCACCACCACCCCGACCGGCGUGACCUGCCGCUCCCCGGACCCCUCCAGGGUGCCCAUGGUGCAGUCGGGCCAGGACUCCAUCACGGUCACCUUGUCCGUCCGCUUCGGCGGCGUGAGCGUCACGCAGAGGGACUUCACCUUCUACGACUGCACGGCCGUCAAGCAGCUGUCAGGCAGCAAGCCGUGCCAUGGUUGCGUGGAGAGUCGCUGGGGCUGCAACUGGUGCGUCCACCAGCACCUGUGCACAUACAAGUCCAGCUGUGAGGAGGGUGUGGUCAUCUACAACCAGCAUUUUAAACUCCCUACCUCAGCUCCGCCCACAAACAGACCCCCUCCUGUUCCCCCCACCCUGCCGGCCGUCCCGGCAACGACAAGCACCACCUCCACCACCACAAGCACCACCUCCACCACCUCCACCACCACCCCCACCACCACCCCCACCACCACCUCCACCACCACCACCGCCACCAGCCCGGUGACCACCCCCAUCGCCCCAACCACGGCGACCCAGGCCCCUCCCACCCCCACCACGACGGGUCCCACUCUGGGACCCACCACCCCGGCCCCGCCCACCGCUCUGGAACCAGCGGCCCCGGCACAGACCACAGCCGCUCCCCCGGACGUCGUACCCUUGGCCACCGUUCCCACCGCCCCGCCCUCCGCCCCAGACCCCGAGUCCCACCUAGUCCCGCCGGAGGAAGACACCGCCACCCGGGGGCCCGCCGUCGUACCGACCGGCGUGGGGAGCGAGGAGCCGGCCACGACUCCCAGCCCCGCCGCCGUCGUCAUGGAGACCGAGUUGGAGGCCGAGUUGGAGCCCAUCACCGGGGCGGCGCCGGCCGAAGAGGCCCAGCAAGGGCCGGCCACGGAGACGGCCCCGUGGGAGACGGCCCCGUGGGAGCCCCCGAGCCCACCGCCAGCAGAGUCUGCGUGGGGCCCCGGUCCGACGGAGGCCCCCGGGGCCCGAGUCACCGGGGGCUUCUCCGGGCUCCGCCCCCUGCCCACGCUUUUCCCCGUGGGGGAGCAGCUCGAGGCCGAAGACGAGGAGGGAGAGCGGGCGGGGCAGGGCCCCCCCGCGUCCACCCUCCGGUCCCCACUCCCCGCCCCGCCCACCGACGGAGCGCCCGAGCAGCUGCCCUGGGAGGAGGAAGAGGACGAGGAGGAAGAGGAAGAGGAGGAGGAGGAGGACCGCAACCAAGGGGUUUCAGAGGGAGAGGCGGGGGAGGACGCCAGUGUGGGCGUGGCCGGAGACAACGACACGGUCAGCACGUUCUCGGCCGCCACUCUGCUGUCGGGGGACGGGGAGGGGGGCCGCGACCCCGCCGCCUCGUUCCCACGCCUGAUGGACACGGACUCGGAGCCCGACUACCAGUAUGAUGUGAGCGAUGGCUUCCUACCGGGAGACGAGGGCUCCUACGUCAGCGUGGGCCCCUCCGCCUGCCCGUGUGUGGAGAAGAUUCAGGGCUCGUCGCUGCUUCCUGUCCAGGUGGAGCGGAAGAUCACACUGCUUGCCCACAACUUGCACCUCUACCAGGACAAGGAAUACCAGUGUGUGCUGGUGAUCGAGGGCCAGACGGUGGUGGUGGACGCCUACGUGGAGACGGAUGAGUUCAACUCCUCCGUCUUCUACAUCACCUGUCAGCAGCACAAGUACUCCUACACCUCGUUGGAGGAGGAGAACGACGCUCUGGUGUUCGUCAAGAGAAGGGACACCUUCCAUGUGGACAGCGAUCCGUCUCUACGUGUCACGCUGUACAACUGCUCGGCGGGCCGGGCCGAUUGCAGCCGGUGCCACACGGUGGACAGGAAGUACGACUGCGUGUGGUGCGGCGGCCGCCGGGCCGGCUGCCUCUACUCCGAGUCGUGCGGCAGCGAGGCCGUCCAGCAGACGUGCCCCGCCCCGCUCAUACACAACAUCGAGCCGCUGUCCGGCCUGCUUGAGGGCGGCACACAGGUCACCAUCUGGGGCUCCAACCUGGGCCAGAAGGCGGAGGACGUCCUCCACACCGUCAGGGUGGUCAGCGUGCCCUGCACCGUCAUCCCCGGACUCUACCAGAUCUCAACCAGGAUCGUAUGCAAGACCCAGGCCAGUGGGGGGGAGAAGGUGGGCCAGGUGUCGGUGGAGGUCAGCGGAGGAGAGCGAGGCCUGUCCAGCCAGAUGUUCAGCUACCAGGACCCCUUUGUGAUGGGCGUGUCCCCAGAGAGGGGCCCCAAAGCAGGGGGGACCGCGCUGACCAUCACGGGGCGCCGCCUGCUGACCGGACGGCCCUCAGGCCUGACCAUCACCGUGGGCGGGGUGCCCUGCAGCAUUGUGUCUGAGGUGAAGGAGGCCAGCGUGGUGUGUGUGACGGGCGCCAGUAACCGGAGCGGGGAGCAGCGCGUCACCCUGCACUACGGCGCCAGCCAGCGCCACCUGCACACCAGCCUCUACCGCUACACCCCCAACCCCAACGUCACCCGUGCAGCCCCCGCCAGCAGCUUCCUGAAUGGUGGACGCCUCAUCUACGUGUGGGGCCACAGCCUGGACGUGGUGCAGGAGCCUCGCAUGGUGGUGACCAUCGCCCCCCUGGACCCCAUCAGCCAGACCCGGAGGAGGAGGAGGAGGAGGAGGAGGAGUGGAGGGGGGGGCGAGUCGCGAAGGAGAGGAGGCCAACCCAAGAGGCUGAUCAGAAUGGUAGCAGACCCGGUCUGUUCUAGCGACCCCCUCUGCUAUGUCAAACAGUUCACGGAGCGCUGUGAGGUCAACUCCUCCUCCCUGAUCCUGUGCCGCUCGCCGGCGGUGGACGAGUCGGUGUGGGGGUCAGAGGUCACCGUGGAGUUCCUGCUGGACAACCUGCGCUUCCCCUUCAGCGGCCUCAGCACCCAGCCCUUCCACUACCAGCCCAACCCCCUGCUGCACAGCCUCAACCAGCAGGAGCCCCUCAAGGCCUACCGCUAUAACCCAGGCAGCUUCAUCCAGCUGGAGGGUGAGAACUUGGACCUGGCCAUCACCAAGGAGGAGGUGGUGGUCCUGGUGGGCGAGGGAGUGUGUGCGGUCAAGACCCUCACCAGGAACCACCUGUACUGCGAGCCCCCGCCGCAGCAGCCCGGCCCGGGACCCCACGGCAAGAAGCGCGAGGGCUCCGACAGCCUGCCGGACUUCACGGUCCAGAUGGGCAACCUCAACUUCUCUCUGGGCAAGGUCCAAUACGACACCAUGAGCCUGGCCACCUUCCCCAUGGAGGCGCGGAUUGGAGUGGGCGUGGGGGCCUCCAUCGUGGCCCUCAUCGUCUUCAUCAUAGUGCUCAUCUACAGGAGGAAGAGCAAGCAGGCCCUGAGGGACUACAAGAAGGUCCAGAUCCAGCUGGAGAACCUGGAGACCAGCGUCAGGGACCGCUGCAAGAAGGAGUUCACAGACCUCAUGACGGAGAUGAUGGACAUGUCCAGCGACCUGGUGGGCUCGGGCAUCCCCUUCCUGGACUACAAGAAGUAUGCCGAGCGCAUCUUCUUCCCCGGCCACCGGGAGUCGCCACUGAGGCGCGACCUGGACGUGCAGGAGUGCCGGAGGCAGACGGUGGAGCAGGGCCUGGUGCAGCUGUCCAACCUCCUCAACAGCAAGCUCUUCCUCACCAAGUUCAUCCACACCCUUGAGGGCCAGAGGACCUUCUCUCCCAGGGACCGCGCCUACGUGGCCUCCCUGCUCACCGUGGCUCUGCACGGCAAGCUGGAGUACUUCACGGACAUCCUGAAGACCCUGCUCAACGACCUGGUGGAGCAAUACGUGGCCAAGAACCCCAAACUCAUGCUGCGCAGAACGGAGACAGUGGUGGAAAAGUUGCUGACCAACUGGAUGUCAAUCUGCCUGUAUGCCUUCCUGAGGGACUCGGCGGGUGAGUCUCUCUACAUGCUGUUUCGGGCCAUCAAGCACCAGGUGGACAAGGGGCCUGUGGACGCUGUGACGGGCAAGGCCAAAUACACACUAAACGACAACAGACUGCUGCGGGAAGACGUGGAGUACAAGACUCUGAAUCUCAACGUGUUGACCCAGGGCGGAGGGGUGAAUGAGAGCCAGCCGCUGCCCUCCAAGGUGCUGGACAUCGACACCAUCAGCCAGGUGAAGGAGAAGCUGCUGGAGCAGGUCUACAAGGGCACCACCUACUCCCAGCGGCCCCAUGUGGACUCACUGGACCUGGAAUGGCGGUCUGGUGUGGCCGGUCACCUCAUCCUGUCGGACGAGGACCUCACGUCCGUUGUCCAGGGCAACUGGAAACGCCUGAACACACUCCAACACUACAAGGUCCCGGACGGUGCGACUGUGGUGCUGGUUCCACGCCACAGCAAACACAUUCACCACGACAACCAUGACUACGUGGCGGGAGAGAAGACCCCCAUGCUGGAGGAUGCGGACGAGGGGGGGGUGCGGCUGUGGCACCUGGUGAAGGCGGGCGAGGAGCCGGAGCUGCCAAAGCACCGGCGGGGCAGCCUGAGGGAGAGGGAGCGGGCCAAGGCCAUCCCAGAGAUAUACCUGACCCGCCUGCUCUCCAUGAAGGGAACGCUUCAGAAGUUUGUGGACGACCUGUUCACCGUGAUCCUGAGCACCAGCCGGCCUGUCCCGCUCGCCGUCAAGUACUUCUUUGACCUGCUGGAUGACCAGGCGGCCCACCACGGCAUCACAGACCCAGAGACCAUCCACAUCUGGAAGACCAACAGCCUACCGCUGCGUUUCUGGAUCAACAUAGUGAAGAACCCCCAGUUCAUCUUUGAUGUGCAGGCCUCGGACCACGUGGAUGCGGUGCUCUCUGUCAUCGCACAGACCUUCAUGGACUCCUGCACCGUCGCUGAACACAAGCUGGGCCGGGAUUCACCCAUCAACAAGCUGCUGUAUGCCAGAGACAUUCCCCGUUACAAGCAGAUGGUAGAAAGGUACUACGCCGACAUCAGGCAGACCAUCUCCGCCAGCGACCAGGAGAUGAACUCUGCUCUGGCCGAACUGUCCAGGAAUUACUCGGGAGAGUUGAAUUACCUUGUAGCCCUCCAUGAGCUGUACAAGUACAUCAACAAGUACUACGACCAGAUCAUCACGGCCCUGGAGGAAGACCCCACAGCCCAGAAGAUGCAGCUGGGCUACCGGCUGCAGCAGAUCGCUGCGGCGGUUGAAAACAAGGUGACAGACCUGUGAGCCGUUGGGCUGAGCUGCAGCCCCUCCAGGAUCUGGACCUGGACCUCCAUCCACCACCGGCUCAGGAGCGUGCAUCUGCAGGGGCCGAGAGCCCGAGAGGGAGGAGAGAUACACCGACAGACAGACUUUCUUGGAUGGGACUGUUGGACCGGCACUAAGGACUCUGAUACUCUCAUACUAGCCCCGCCCCCAUAUUCUCUCACGUGUGUGUGUGUGUGUGUGUGUGUGUGUGUGUGUGUGUGUGUGUGUGUGUGUGUGUGUGUGUGUGUGUGUGUGUGUGUGUGUGUGUGUGUGUGUGUGUGUGUGUGUGUGUGUGUGUGUGUGUGUGUGUGUGUGUGUGUGUGUGUGUCUCCUCUGUUCAGUGAUGGUCAUACAUCUCUUUUGAAUUAAGAACUACUCUUUCUUUUAUUUGUAACAAACAUUUUGUGCUUAUUUGUGUAGGAUGGAAAAAAAUCAUUCCCUCUCCUUUCGCAUUGCAUUAGUGUAUUGGCCUGUGUGUUAAUGGUUUCCGAUGUCCGCUUGAUGUGUGUAGAUGCAGUAACACACACCUUCCCCUUUUUAAUCAGCCUGUGAUGUCAUGAUGCCUUCAUGGGAAACCAAUGAAGGCAUGACAUUUGUCCAGUUGUAACACCGUAUAUUUUGGAGAUGUUAUGGUGGGUUGAUUUCCACCACGAAAGUAAACUUGGCCAUAUUAUUUAAGUGUAUUGUCCAUUACUGUUUAUACAAGGUUAAACAAAUUCGAGAACAGAAUUUUAUUAUUUAAAAAGGCCAGUUUCUGUAGGUGAACACGAGCUCCUUUACAUCUACGAGGAGUUCAAUGUGUUAUUGCCGCUCUACCUCAACCCAUGGGCUAAGGCACCUCAGUAGAAGUGGUUGUAUUUUUCUUUUUUUACCUCAUCCACAUUUAUCAUUUCUAUAGCCAUACCAGUCCUCCUAAAAUAACACAGGCUGGUAUAAACAUCGCCAAAUGCUGGAAAAUCACACAAACAACCGUUGUAAAUUUUUCAUUAAUUUCUUUUUUUAACAAUGUGCCCCUUUAACAGAUGUCUUUGAACCCCUGGUCCUUUGGCUAGCGUGUGUUUGGUUCUCAACCCCUUGUGUGAGGGUCCUGGAGUGGGACUCUGCCCUUGUUACCUUAAAGGUAAACAUCACUGGAGAGGAUCUUAGAGGGGAAGUCAAUGUUUCAUUAAGGUGUUUUUAUUGUGUAACUGUUUUUAUUUGAGUCUUUUAAUUUUGUAAAAACAUUUUCACAUUCCUUUUUUUCACAAUUUUAAAGAAGAAAAUGUUCUAAAUGCUGUACUGCUUACGCUGUGUCCAUUUCAAAACAUUCUGAAGUUCCUCGCUUUGUUUGAAACGUCUCCCUGAAGAUUGCCAAACUCUUGCUUUAUGUGCUGGAGUGUGUCUUGUAUUUUAAUUUAUUUUUUCUGUGAUUACGCGGAGACAACACUGCUGUUACGCAUGUUAUAGCCCCGUUUAAUGGUACUAUGUUCAUCUCACAAAGCAUCCGUUUGAAAUCACUUUCUUAUUUGAAAUUGUGAUCAAUUGCUGACAACAUGAGAGAACAUCCACUGUUCCGUGCCAACAGAAGUCUAACACAUGUGGAGCUGAUGCCUGCCAAACCUCCUGUAUGCCUGAUUAUACCUUCUGUAUGCCUGCUCAUACCUCCUGUAUGUCUGCCUGAUGUCAAAAGCUGUGAUGCACUCUUGACAUUUUAGUGACCAAAUAGAGAUUGGCUUAAUCUCUGUCCAUCUAAUUCAUGUCAAAGACCCCUGAUUGGGAAAAAGGUAAAAAUUUGUAAAAUGAUAUAAAUUUAUAAUGAGCCUCUCGUGUUGCGUAUGCAUCUCCAAAUGCUCUAUAGGUGUCUCAGCCCAAGAAUGUCUGAAUGUUACCAAUAGGUUAUCACUACAGUAGGCCUAUCUAACAAACAUCAACUAAUUUUGUAGAAAUGUUUUUUGCUGUCAUAUAGUUCUGAAGCCUAAAACUUUUGAGGCAGGCCAUCUGAGGGAAGAUUCUAACUGUUGUUAGACUGUAUAAAUUCAGCUAUGUAGAGCAGGCUCUGCAAAGAGCAGUUUAAAGGAGUUUUCUUACCUUAUGUUAAUAUCAUUGUACAUAAUGGUUUAAUAAUGUUACUGUAGUGAUAUAUCAUGUUUAAUAAAAGCGAAAUUUGUCGAAGGCGAUGUAAUAAAGUAUUCAUGAAACAAAA